GCAACGACCCGCUGACGAACAAUAUGUUCUGCAGGCACCGAUGACACUAGCCUUUCUCCCACCGCCGCUGCUAAUACACAUGGCGACACUGCCGCACCAGAGUGGUCCUCUGCUGUUGGACAUGCGGCAACUGGAAAGUCUGGUCGUGUGAUACACAACCUGCAGGAGGAUAUUGCACGCCUGACGAGGGAAUGCAGCCUAUACCGGUCCCGAGCCGAAGAGGCCCAGCGGAAUAAUGAAGCGCUCAAGACACAACUACAAAAUAUGACGGAACGUGUCCGGAAUCUGGAGCUCUCCCACGAGGCGAAUCUACAUUCUAUUUCGCGGAAAGAUAGGAAGAUCGAGGAGCUGAGGAGUGAAUUACAAAGCGAGAGAGACAGACGGGAGAACGCGGAGGGAGAGACACGCAAGAUUCAUCAGAUUAUGGCGGAUUCUCGCGACGACUUCAACCGCAAGUGCGCAGAACUCCAGGAGAUAGCGAACUACUCCCAGACGCAGUAUGACGUCCUCGCGAAAUCCGGAAAGCGAGACAAGGCAGAAACGCAGAAGAAGCUGAACAGUAUCCGGGAGGAUUUUGCGGAUCUUCAACGCCAAAAUGACGAGAAAGAUAUUCAACUCCAGCGACUAGAUGUUAUAAUGGCCCAGAAGAACCGAGAGAUUGAGACCGCUACAGAGCGUACACAGCAACUCCUUGAGUCAUAUGAAGCCUAUAGGAAGGAGAAUGACCAAGAACUGAGAGGAUUGAUCGAGAAGGGCCAUCAGAAGGAUAAGAUUAUCGAUGAGGCGCUUGCUUCGCUCAAAGAGACCGAAGCAAAAAUGAAAUGGACCAUCCAGGUCAAAAAAGAGGUUAAGGGAGCCGAAUGAACAGAGUGGAAGAAUCUCCGUUGAAUUGGGAUUCCGUUCCCUAAACCUUAUUUCGCCCUUUUUACUGUGUGACCAAUAUCGACAAA